GUCCGCAGAAAUCCGUCCGUGCGGGAGCAACAAUCACAUCCAAAAUGGAGACCGUAAAUUCCGGACAUAUGAUGAGCUUAGCAGCUCUACAGAGACAAGACCCGUACAUUAAUAAACUGCUCGAUGUUACCGGCCAGGUGGCUCUCUACAACUUCAACUCCAAAGCGAACGAAUGGGAGAAGACCGAAAUCGAGGGCACCUUGUUUGUUUAUGCUAGGUCUGCCUCACCUCGUCAUGGCUUCACCAUUAUGAACCGACUGAGCACAGAGAACCUGGUGGAGCCGAUCAACAAAGACCUGGAGUUCCAGCUGCAGGAUCCCUUCCUGCUCUAUAGGAACGGAAACUUGGGUAUCUACAGUAUUUGGUUCUAUGACAAGAGGGACUGUCAACGCAUUGCUCAGCUGAUGGUCAA